CGCCGGGCAAAGCGGUAACACUCCACGGAAUUUUCUCGAGACUCGCGCCCACUUGUCCGGCCUCUGUGUAAAAUAAUCCUCCACGUGCUCAAGCGUUGUGUCCACAUCCUUAUCGAAUUUCAAAUUCUUCACAAGGACAUCCGGAGAAAAUAUUGAAAAAGAAAACCGUGAUUUGUUUCUAUUUGGCAAAUAAAAGUCAAAGCCCAUUAGAUAUCCACACAGUCGCCCAGCGUGAGCCAUGCCAACACAAAAUAGCGCGAUGUGGGGCCAAAAAAGCAAUCGCAAAUUAAUUAUCGGUAUUUUCGGCUUCUGCCUGGGACUAUUUGGCAUAUUGUGCGGAUUGUUCUGGGUGGACCUGUUCAAUUGGAUCAUGCAGAAGGAAAUGGCUUUGGCGCCCAACACACGUGUCUACGACAAUUGGAAAAGUCCGCCGUUGGAACUGAGUCUGGACAUUUACCUCUUCAACUGGACGAAUCCCGAGGACUUUGGCAAUCUCUCCACGAAGCCCAUUUUGGAGCAAGUGGGUCCAUAUCGCUUUACCGAGCGACCCGACAAGGUGGACAUCCACUGGCAUCCGGAAAACGCAUCCGUGAGCUAUCGCAGGCUCAGCUUUUUCUACUUCGAUGCGGAGGGCAGUAAUGGAAGUCUGGAUGAUCAGAUUAACACCCUAAAUGCUGUGGCUCUGUCCGCUGGUGCCACUGCAAAACAUUGGAUACUAGCUAAGCGAAAAUUGGUCGAUUUGGGUCUUAAUAUGUACGGUGCCAAAAUGUCCGUCCAAAAAUCGAUUGACGAACUCCUCUUCACGGGAUACAGAGAUACAAUGAUCGACGUGGCCAUUGCCAUGCCCCUUUUCGGUGAUGAGGUUAAGGUUCCUUUUGAUAAAUUCGGUUGGUUCUAUACACGCAAUGGAAGUGCCGAUCUCACGGGCGUGUUUAAUGUCUUUACGGGUGCCGAUCAUCUGUCGAAGUUGGGUCAGAUGCACGCGUGGAAUUAUCAGGAAAACACUGGAUUUUACGAUUCCUAUUGCGGCAUGACCAAUGGAUCCGCCGGAGAGUUCCAGCCACAACAUCUCAAGCCCGGCGAUAGUGUGGGUCUAUUUACGCCGGACAUGUGCCGCACAAUCCCAUUGGAUUAUGUGGAAACAGUGGAUAUCGAAGGACUGGAAGGUUACAAAUUUUCUGGCGGACCUCGUUCUGUGGAUAAUGGCACUCUGUACCCUGAGAACCUUUGUUACUGUGGUGGCGAAUGUGUUCCUUCGGGAGUGAUGAACAUCAGCUCCUGUCGCUUUGGAUCUCCUGUUUUCAUGUCCUACCCGCACUUUUUCAAUGGAGAUCGUUACUAUGUGGACCAGGUGGAGGGCUUAAGUCCCAAUCAGGAGGAUCACGAGUUCUAUAUGGUAGUGGAGCCAAGAACUGGAAUUCCACUUGAGGUGGCUGCCCGAUUCCAAGUGAACAUGUUGGUGGAGCCAAUCGAUGGCAUCGACUUGUACACAGGAAUACCCAAGAUAUUCUUUCCACUCAUAUGGUUUGAACAAAAAGUGAGAAUCACUCCAGCAAUGGCUGAUCAAUUGAAGGUACUACCAAUUGUUCUACUUGCCGGACAAAUUUUUGCGGGAGUUUGCUUGGCUACUGGCAUAAUACUCCUGUGUUGGGGACCGGUUCAGAAUUUGGUGUCUUCGUGUCGGAAUCGUAGAUACGAUCUGAAGAACCAAACCAAAACGAAUGGUCAGUACAAGAGCCGCUCCCAGUUCUCCAGUGCCGAGGAACUCAAAUCCAAGGCAUCCACUUUGGUAUGCGAAAAGAGUGUCAAAGGAUCUCCGGACAGUUCUCCGCUCCUGGAGAAAAGCCGUAAGCCAGCCAUCAUCAAAUCCCAAACGGGUGAGAGUGUGGCCACUGCCUCCACAGCCAUCAGCGAUAAUAAGCAGGAUUAAACGGAACCGUGACAUCCACGCCAUCUAGAUAGUUAAGCCGUCCUAGUGCAUUAGUCGUAGUUCAUAGUUUAGUGGCACUCUGAAAUACCCAACUAAAAAUUGCAUUCCCGUGCCUAAGCCAAAGAUUAGAUAGCCUCUGGAAGUCGAACCAUAUGGCGAUCUUCGCUAAGCUAACGAAUACUCUUUUUACAUUCCUUAGAUAUUAGAUAUGUAUUGUAUUUAAUUGUUUUCUUGACCAAUAGUGUGCGUGUCAAAUAAAAUAUUUUAUAUACAUUUUAAA